CCUCCACAACCCCGACCCCCGCCUCCACAACCCCCCCCACCCCGCUCCACAACCCGACACACCUCACCCCCCUCCACACCCCCUCCCACAACCCCGACCCACCCCGCUCCACAACCCGUCCCACCCCCUCCACAACCCCGUCCCCCCGCCCACAACCCUGACACAACCCCCCCACCACAACCCCGACCCACCCCUCCACAACCCCGACCCACCCCGCUCCACAACCCCGACCCACCCACCCCGCUCCACAACCCCGACACACCACAACCCCGCUCCACCACCCCGACCCACCCCACUUCACAACCCCGACACACCUCACCCCACUCCACACUCCCACAACCCCGACCCACCCCGCUCCACCCCACAACCCCACCCACCCCAACCUCCACAACCCCGACCCACCCACCCCACAACCCCUCCCACCCCACUCCACAACCCCACCCACCCCGCUCCACAACCCCGACACACCUCACCCCCGCUCCAGCCCCCGACCCACCCCACCCUCAACCCCGACCCACCCCACUCCACAACCACCUCACCCCACUCCACCACCCCACCCACAACCCCGACCCACCCCACUCCACAACCCCGACCCACCCCUCCACAACCCUGACCCACCCCGCUCCACAACCCCGACCCACCCACCCCGACCCACACCCCGACCCACCCCCUCCACAACCCCGACCCACCCCGCUCCAUCCCCCAACCCCGCUCCACAACCCCACCCCCGCCCCACCCACCCCCACCCACCCCCACUCCACAACCCCGACCCACCCCGCUCCACAACCCCGACCCACCCACCCCACAACCCCGACCCACCCCACUCCACAACCCCGACCCACCCCGCUCCACAACCCCGACCCACCCCCCCCACCCCCCGCUCCACAACCCCGACCCACCCCACCCACAACCCCACCCACCCCGCUCCACCCACCCCCACUCCACAACCCCCGACCCACCCCCCCUCCACAACCCCGACCCACCCACUCCACAACCCCGACCCACCCCCUCCACCCCCGCUCCACAACCCCACCCACCCCGACCCACCCCCCCGACCCACAACCCCGACCCACCCCGCUCCACAACCCCACCCACCCCGCUCCACAACCCCGACCCACCCCCACUCCACAACCCCACAACCCACCCCUCCACAACCCCGACCCACCCCCCACAACCCCGACCCACCCCCUCCACAACCCCGACCCACCCCGCUCCACAACCCCGACCCACCCCCCACCCACCCCCACCCCGACCCACCCCGACCUCCACAACCCCGACACACCUCACCCCACUCCACCCCCCACUCCACAACCCCGACCCACCCCGCUCCACAACCCCCCGACCCACCCCGCUCCACAACCCCGACCCACCCCACUUCCACAACCCCGACCCACCCCGCUCCACAACCCCGUCCCACCCCACUCCCCCACCCCACUCCACAACACCCACCCCACUCCACAACCCGACCCACCCCACUCCACAACCCUGACCCACCCGCUCCACAACCCCGACCCACCCCACUCCACACCCCACUCCACCCGACCCACCCCGCUCCACAACCCCACACCACCCCGACCCACCCACUUCUCAACCCCCACCCACCAACCCCUCACCCAGACCCACCACCCCACUCCACAACCCCGACCCACCCCACCCACAACCCCGACCCACCCCACUCCACAAUAUGCUCCACAACCCCGACCCAUGGCUCCACAACCCCGACCCACCCCGCUGAGACCCACCCGCUCCACAACCCCGACCCACCCCACUCCACAACCCCGACCCACCCCGCUCCACAACCCCACUUCACCCAACCCCGACCCACCCCACUCCCACAACCCCGACCCACCCCACUCCACAACCCCAGAUGACCCACCCCACUCCACAACCCCGACCCACCCGGCUCCACAACCCCGACCCACCCCCGCUCCACCACCCGGGACCCCGACCCCUGCUCCACAACCCCGACCCACCCCGCUCCACAACCCCGCUCCACAACCCCGCUCCACAACCCCCGACCCAUGCUCCACAACCCCCCGACCCACCCCCAUCCACAACCCCGUCCCACCCCUGGUCCCACCCCCUUCCCACCCCACUCCACAAACCACAACCCCGCUGCUCCACAACCCCGACCCACCCCUGGCUCCACAACAUCACCCCACAACCCUGACCCACCCCACUCCACAAUGUCCCACCCCACAACCCUGUCAGUGCACCCUUCCAGCCCUCCUCCUCUCUCAGAGGAACAUAUGA